UAUGAGAUAAUCUCACAACGCGCGACGGUCGUUCCCAGUGUGCCUAACGCGUAACUGAAGACACGACGCGGCACGGCGCUACAAGUCGGUGACAACUUUUUCACACGUCAGUUGAAAAGUGCUGUAUCAUUUCAACACUAGUUAUAUUAAUACCUUGCACGUGCGCAAAUUGUGAUAACAAAAAGCUGUACAUUCAGUCAACAAAGCUCGAGCAAUAAAUUAUAUUGUUGUGUAAGAAGAAAGUGAGAAAGAAAAUUCGAGUGAUUUUCAAGAGUAGCAAGAGUCCGGUGAUAAGAGUCUUACGAUAAACAUCGCUGCUUGACGGAUCAACUCCACUAUAUAUUGUUGCAAAGAUGGGAAAGAUAUAUGAGCGUCGUCUGGAACAGCCAACGCCAAAUGUAUCUCUGGGAGAAGUAAUACUGAACAAAUUGCGUGAAAACGGCAAUCAUGUUUAUGCAAUAGACGGACCAACCGGCAAGCGGUUGACAUGUAAAGAAUUACUCGACAAAAGCGUGAGAUUCGCGAAGUUUUUACAAGAGUACGGGAUAAAAAUCGGAGACAGAAUUGGCAUCGCAACUGAAAAUCGAUUGGAUUGGUUAAUACCAGCUUACGCGAGCUAUUAUCUCGGUGCUAUAGUUGCACCGUACAAUCCUAUGUACACAGAAUAUGAAUUCCAGCAUAUAUUAAAUAUCGCGAAGCCGCGUAUCGUUUUCGUGUCUCAGCGCACCGAAAAGCUCCUCGCUAAGAUCCUACCGAAGUUAUCCUGGGAAAUGGAAUUAAUACAACUAGACGAUCAACCAUUCACGGCAAACGUCCGAACGUUAAAGAGUAUCUUAAAUAAAGAAUCGAGUAUGGAAUACCAUUUUUCGGGAUACAUGAUGAGAUAUAAGGCUGCAAAUAUCGGUGAUCCGAGUCAGCAUCCGUUGGCUAUUCUCUGUUCGAGCGGCACCACGGGGUUGCCGAAAGGAGUGACGCUGUCUCAUAAAAAUUUAAUGGCGUUUUUAAUCAAAAUGAGCAAACCUGAGUAUCUGAACACAAAAAGUGGUGACAAAAUAUUGAUGUUGCUACCGUUUUAUCAUGGCUACGGAAUGGGCACGCUGAUACUCGGUCUUUUCGCGAGCUGCACCAUGAUCAUAAUGCCCGCCUUCGAGCCGGAACUCUUCCUAAACCUGGUGCAGGAGCAUAAGGUCACCCAUCUGCCGCUGGCGCCGCCGAUCCUGACGUUCCUGGCGAAACACCCGCUGGUGGAUAGGUACGACUUUCGCAGCGUGAGAGAACUCAUCUGCGGAGCGGCGCCGCUUUCGAAGGACGUCGCAGCCGCGGUAAUUGCUCGUCUCGGCGUAAAAUGCGUUCGCAACGGCUACGGCAUGACGGAAUUGUCGAUAGUGAGCGGUUUGAGCGGGCGCGACGACGACGAUGACCAUUUGUUCGAGAAUCCAGGAUCCGGGCGGCUCGUGCCUGGUUUCCUCUGCAAAGUGACUGAUCUCGAGACACAAGAAACCCUAGAGGCUGGCCAGGUGGGCGAGAUCUGCUACCUCGGAGAGCAAAUGAUGCUGGGUUACUGGGACAACCCCGAAGCGACCAGACAGACCAUCGACCAGGACGGAUGGCUUCACACCGGCGACAUCGGCUACUUCGACAGCAAGGAGAGACUGCACGUGGUCGAUCGCGUCAAGGAGCUGAUCAAGUACAAAGGCUAUCAAGUUUCACCGUCGGAGAUAGAAACCGUCUUACUGUCGCAUCCCGCGGUAAAAGACGCCGCGGUCGCCGCCAAACCCGAUGAACGCAGCGGCGAGGUUCCCGUGGCUUUUGUAGCGAAGCAACCCGGCGCCACGAUCACCGCUCAAGAUUUACAGGAACUCGUCAAACAGAAACUGUCGCCGCAAAAAUGGCUGUAUGGCGGGGUGCAAUUUGUCGAUGCCAUACCGAAGAAUCCUGCCGGCAAGAUCCUACGCCGCGAACUUCGAGCAAUAAUCUCUAAACUGUAAAUAGUAAAAAUCGCAUGUCGAUAGGUUUACUUAUAAAUAUAAAUCUCCUUCGACGAAGACCAAAGAAAAAUAAUUGAAUCAACAGAGUACAAUUUUUAAUAUUUCUCGUAUCGCCAAGAACAAAUUGGCAAUCGCUCAAGUAAAGUGCCAUGGUGCGUGUGCUAAGAAAUAUUUCUGCGUUAACGAACGUCUCACUGUGAAGAAGAGUGAUUAAGCGCCGUGAAUUUCUUCACUAUAGAAACGUAAAUUUAUUGCAGCUUGUUGUCACGUUGAUUAAUUCGUAAGUAAACCGUUGAACAACCGUGACCGAUUAAAUGCGAGCGCUCGGUGAACCGGUCGGUUCCACCCCCUGAAUAUAGCGGGACAGCACAGCGAGAGGGUGUUUCGAGUUAUAUUACACGAUAUCACUCUUGCGCCGACCUGCGGUGCUACGAAAAUAAGCGAAGAAACCUGUUGCAUUACACACGUCGACGAAAAACGCGCGAGCGCGCGCGCAUGUGCUCCCAUAUUUCAUCAAUAUCUAACUUCUUUCUUUCUUUGCGAUGAUCGAACGGAUCGGACUUCUUAUCGAUUCUCGUGUGUUUUCCAGUGAAUUUCCAUAGUAAUGCGGAAAAUGUCUGUAACGGAAUUAACUCUUUAAAUAAAUAACAAAAGUUAAAGCGGA